ACAGUGUCUAUAAAGUGGGGAAAAGAAAAAUUUGAGAAUGUCGAGUUAAACACAGAUGAUCCUCCUGACGUUUUCAAAGCUCAACUUUUUGCUCUGUCAGGAGUUGCUCCGGAGAGACAAAAAGUCAUGCUUAAAGGAUCGGUUUUAAAGGUACGUUGUGAAAUCAUUCACUGUUAAGCUUUUAAAGUUGUAGGUUUUGUGAUUCAUGUCAUAACAAAGCAUUCGUGUCCAUUUCUCACUGAUUUCUUCAAGUUCAAACACGUGACACCGAUUUUUUUUGAGUAAGCGUAUGUGGAACGUUGUCCAUUUACAUUCUACUCCCCCAGGAUUAGUUCUUUCCGUUCGCAAGAAUAGUUUCUCCUUUACAUGAUCUUGUAGGAUUUAGGUCCGACGAUUGAUGUUGCUCACAUAAUCAUUUUCCCUUGGAGGAAGGGUAUCUGAUAAGUUACCUAUCCCCUGUCUGUCUACAUGUGUGUCUAAUUAUGAUACUUUUAUACCAUAUCGUAAGACCUUAAAUGAUGAACAGCCUAGAAGGUGAAAUUAAUUUUGAUUAAUUCAUUCAUGUAUUUCAUAUUAUUUUAAAAUCCAGGAUAAUGAUCACUGGGGAAACUUCAAGAUAAAGAAUGUAAGUUGCAUUGAUUUUAUUGAAACUAUGAAUAUCUGACUUCAAUGUUUUGAGGAAAAUUUUUCUUUUUUUUUUUUUCAGGGCAUCACACUGCUUAUGAUGGGAUCUGUUGGUGAAUUGCCAAAAGCACCUGCUGAGAAGACAGUGUUUGUUGAGGACAUGACAGAAGCUCAGUUAGCAUCUGCUGUGAGUGUUGUGUAAUCCUUUAAAGGUGAUUUUACAAGGGACGAUUGGCAACAACGAUUUUUAGCGCAACACAGCAUUGCAAUGCUGGAACAGUGUUAUAAACAUUCGAAACAAUGUUGCAACAACGUUUCAAGGCUGUGUUGCGCUGAAAAUCAUCCUUGCAAAUUGUCUCGUGUAACAUCACCUUAAGUCUCUCAAAAGUAACUAAGAUCAAUUUUCUCGUCAGUCCUAUUAUAAAGAAACCUGCAUCAAGUGGAUGCCUUUGGGGACUAGAGAAAUGCUUAUACAGGGUGUCCACGUAACACAGUUUUUAAUAGUUAACAUCAUAUUAGCUGUCAAACAUCAAAUACCAUCCAAAUGAACAGUGAAAACAUUUUGGAUGUCCCAGGGACUAUGGCAUUCGCAUUAUUUAUUUAAAUUUACAAAUCAAAGUAGUGUAAACAUUUAUAACAACUAAAAUUUCAAGAGAAUGUUAUUUAAGGUAUUUAUUCCAGGUACCCCUUCUGUUCAAAUAACGGAUCCACAUACAAAAUCUCCACACUGAUCUCCAUAUAUUUCCCUUAAGAACAAGUUGACAGAAGUUGAUAAAAGAUGAAAGCAUUUUGUCUUUGGUGAUCAUUUUGGUCACGCACUAUUAGCAUUUAAAGGGUUAAUACUCUUGUCCAAAAAGAAUGUCUUAAUUUUUUAAAGACACCUGCAAUAAAUUGUUGUGGCAAAAGCUGAAGGAAUAGACAAUUGCUAAAUGACAGAGGAAGGAACUUUUAAAUUUUUAGGAGCUACAACCAGUUGCAAAAAUGAUGAGACACUCCCACGGAAAAACGACCUUUCUUGCUUCAAAUCGCUCCUGGUCACAGGUCUGUAAAAUAUAAUACUGACCUCCCUCCUCCCUCCCAUUCAAAGUUGUUCCUCCAAGUUUUGAGUAUGGUCUUGUAUUGCUAGCAACUUUGAUAAGGGGUGGAGGGGGGAUCACAAGCACAAGAUCAUGGACAGGCCAUUUAUGCCAAAAUACGGUACAGUGUCUCAAGUACUUUUGCAACUGGUUGUCUCAUUUAAGGUUUACUUCAACAAGCGAUUUCCACGUCUUAAAUUCCCAAAACGAAGACUAUAGCAACAUAAAUACAUAGAAUGACACUUUGUGUUGCUUUUCCUAGCCGAUACAUCAUUGUCAUUGAUAUCAAACUGCCUAAAAAAGCGCUUAAGAAUGUAGUGACUUGUAAAUUUUGCCUCAGUUUUGUUGUAACGCAUGCGCCAUUAUCUACCGUGACAUAGCUUAAAGUUUCGGCGUUGUAAUUAAACUCUGAGAAGCGCGAAUGCAUAAUAACAGCAUAAUUUUCCUUUUCUUGGUAUUUAGAGAUACUAUAGUUGCGAAUAAAGCUGCCAAACCUUCCUUUUCACCCCUGUAUCUGUAACGCAAUGACAUUUGAUAUGCAAUGGCGUUAGGUAAUCGGUAUACCGCGUGACUUAUUUUUCAACAUCGCUGUUAAAGUAAAACCGUUCAGUUUUUUUCAUCUACUACGGUGAAAAUAAGAUGGUUAUUAAAGUCCGUUAGAGUUAGAGAGCAGAAAAAGUUGUGUGCUAUGUUAACUUCUAUUUUCUGACGGUCUACCAUCAUGCAGCACGGUCUACCAUUCUGCAACAGUAAGAAAUAGAAUAUAUUAUUAUAUUUAUCUCAUAUGAUGGUAGACCGUGUAGACCGUUGAAGCACGUAAAUUCCUGACAUUGCUGUGCUGGAAAAUUGCUUUUCUUGGGGAUAGUGUCUUCCUUUUUGCAAAGAAAUAAAUUUCCUUACCAAGUACAGAACUACAAAGCCACGUUAUAUGCGAGCUCUCGCGACUAUGUUACUGAAAUACGCACGUGAAUUUUCAUUAUCUGAUGCCUAUAGCCACACUCGGGCUUCAAAAUCGAAACAAAGUUGUAAGACGACCAAAGAGUAAACACAAAUCCAAACUUGUGUUAAGUAAAGUAAAGUCGCCAACAGCUGCUUUUUAGCGUAACUUUUCUUUCCUGUAAAUGGCAGGCGAUAAAAGAGGAACCACGUCCACGUACUUAUCGGAAACAACACCAAAAAGCUAUCUCCUUGAUCUAGCGGGGCAUCUUACGUCACUUUGCUUCCAUAAAUAAACAUCUUUUAACCGAGUUCGAAGAAAAUAUAUUAUUUUUCGCAUCUCUGUAGCGUUUUAGGACCAAAAACCCCUUUCGUUGCAGCUUACUUAAGAUGGUGUGGCAUCUUUUGGCACGUGCUUCCUUUAAAAGCCCAAGUUCUUGCAUAUUACCACAUAAACAAAAGGGCCAACAACUGCCGUUUUUGUGUCGCCAUUUUUCAACAGGCAAACCGACAAAAAUGAAAUACUGUUUUUUAUGACCACCUCCUUAGGUGCUAAGAGUGCACCACGUUUUACCCCGUUUAAUAAUCAUGCACCGCGGCUAUAGGGGUAUGAAGGACUCAGACAACCAGUUGCAAAAAUGAUGAGACACUCCCACGGAAAAACGACCUUUCUUGCUUCAAAUCGCUCCUGGUCACAGGUCUGUAAAAUAUAAUACUGACCUCCCUCCUCCCUCCCAUUCAAAGUUGUUCCUCCAAGUUUUGAGUAUGGUCUUGUAUUGCUAGCAACUUUGAUAAGGGGUGGAGGGGGGAUCACAAGCACAAGAUCAUGGACAGGCCAUUUAUGCCAAAAUACGGUACAGUGUCUCAAGUACUUUUGCAACUGGUUGUAGCAUGUUAUGUAAGUUAAGUGAUAAAAGUAGUAUGCACCAGUAUUCUCUAUGUACAUGUAUAUCAUACAAAAAUCAGACCUUGUACAAAUAUGUUCCGCACUAGUGGAGGUUAGAUCAUAAUUUAACUCUUUUUAAAACAAGUUUUUACCCAGUAAAUAUUUUCUUAUAUAUUUAUUAUACUUGUAUUACUUUGAUGGAUACUUUCUAGUAUGACAUGCCAACUGGGCUUAAUAACCUGGGAAACACCUGUUACAUGAAUGCCACAGUGCAGUGUCUGCGGAAUGUACCAGAACUAAAGGAUGCACUCACAAAGUAAGAAGUUUUACCAUAACAUUGCUAGACUGGUCUUUUUGAUGAAGGUAGUGAUUAAGAUGAUACAGUGUUUAAUUAUCAGACUUAUGAUGUGGGGGCCCAAACACCUGUGACAUUAUCUUUGGUUUCAGUUUGUCUUCCUUUUUUACCUCUUUAUUUCUCCUGUUUUAUAUUUGCAUGUUUUUUGUACCUGUAAUUAUUUUUUAAACAAUUAUUUUUUAAACUCACUUGGAGUCACUUUGGGGGAUACUGAAAUAAAAACCAUCACCAUCAUCGUCAUUGUUGUCAACAUCACCAUCAUUAAAUUUUUAUCAUUAUUAUUAGUGUAUUUACAAAGGGUGAGACAAGAACAUGUCUUUUUUGUGUUGCUAUUUUUGCUGUGGCUUUUUAAUUCUAAUAUUAUUAUUAGUUUUCUUUGUGAUCACCUCAGAGUUGAGGAUUACAAAUAUUUAUUAUUAAACUAUUUUAGAUCAAUUGCCCUACCCGUACCCAACACAAAUUAUGUAAUGUGAUGCAUAAACCUUGUACAUGUCAACCUUUUGUUUAACUUUUAUUUAAUAGAUACAAGGCCGUUGGAAUGUCAGCAGAUUCAGCACACUUAAUAACAACAGCACUGAGAGAUCUUUACAAAAUCAUGGAUAAAGCUCCAGAGACUUUACCUCCUAUUGUUUUUUUACAGGUUUGACAGAUACAAAUUCUUUGGUGGUACACAGAAUAACAAUGUUAAGCUAAAACAUGCACAAAAUUCAUUUCAAUUUCGUUUGGUGUAUUGUCCCUUAACAUUUUUCUAGGUUUGUUUAUCUCUUAUGGUAUUAAAAGGCGAUUCAAUUCCAAUAUUUCAUUUUGUUUGUUAUGAAGAGAUUAAGAGUCAGGUUUACGGCAGAUGUCAGAUUCAAGUUGAGAAUUUCUCAGAAUGGAAAAUAAUCAGCUGUCCAGAAUAAUAAUUCUUAUGGAUAAAAUGGUCGUGAAAAGUCUACUUGUUUUUUAGUGGAAGUGAUAAAUAGUAAACAGAAAACUUGUUCACAUGGUACAAAUUCACAUUUUGCAAUUUGGUGUAAAUGUUGUACAGUUAAUUUUUUAUCUCAGGUAAUUUUUAUUUUUCCUUUGUUUUAAUUUCAUUAGCAUACAUUACCAUACCCAAAAACAUAAAUAAAAACAAAAAUUAACUGAGAUGAAAAAUUAAUUACAAGUUACUUUAACACUACUCUUAAUAUCUCUAAUAAUAAAAUGAACACACCACUGUAGUGGGGAAAUUAGGAAAUUGUGAGUCAAACUAGGCUGACUUUUAGUUAAACCUGAAAAAGGAUUUUACCUACAUCAUGUACACCAUACAUGUAUAAGGACCUUUCAAUGGUGGAGCUGGUUAUUUUUUAUAUGAAAAGGUCCUCUGAUCCUAGUUGUAAUAAAUUCUUCCAAUUACCUUGAACUUGGUUACCUUGACAAUGCCAUCACAAUGACACUAAAACAUUGUCUUUUUUAACUAGUUUUUUUUUAACUUAUCUGUAAAAAUGCUAAAAUGAAGUCUUAAACCCAACAAAAUACAAUCUCUUUCUAGAUUCUGCACAAUGUUUUCCCACACUUUGCAGAGAAAACAGAACAAGGAAUAUAUGCACAACAGGUAAACAACAACAAUGACCCACCUUGGUGCGCAGUACACAACUUGCUUUAUAAAGAUUCAUCUCGUACCUCAGUGCUAAAUCCUUGUGAAUGGUCCCUGAGAGGUGAAAAAACUCGUGAUCUGUUUUUGGAACUUUCUGUAAGACCUGUAGAUUCUGUUUCUAUGUUUGGUAUCUGCUAGUCAUCUUCUUCGAUGGAUAUUUGCAAAAACUUGACAAGUAAAUGAAGAAAAGGGACUGACAGUUGCCAAUAACCAUAUUUUCUCACAAUAAUGAACAACAGCAUGUAAUAUAUUUCACAUAUGACAUCAACAUAUUUUUCUGGCAAUAGUUUUCAGCAACAAUAAUGCACUUAUCAGCAGUCAUCCCAGAGCUUGGAAGCAAAUGUUCCUCCAUAAUUUUCCUUUAUACCAGUAAAUCUCACUUCAUUUCACAGUACAUGGAUAACCCCACUCCCCUCAGAUUAAAAAAAUCAUCAUCAUCAUUGUCAUCAUCAUCAUUAUCACUACCUUAACAUGUUAAUAAUUUUUGUUGAUAUCACACCUCUCCCCAACUCUUUCUGUCACCCCAUUAAACAACUUGUUGACCUUCUCUCAUUUUUUAACUUGUUAUUUAAAGAAGUAAAUGCACAGAAUUGUGCUACUGAUUUUUGUUUCUGUCAUGUAGGAUGCCAAUGAAUGUUGGACACAGGUUGUUCGAAUGCUGCAGCAAAGGUUACCUGGCAUAAAAUCCACAGAAAGUGGUGAACAAGCUGAGGCUGCCGCUGCUACUGCUGCAAAAGGAUUCAUUGAUCAGUAUUUUGGUAGGUGGCAUGUUUGAUCCUUUCAUGCCUUUAACAAAGAAGCUACCUUUAAGUUUGGGAGAAUUAUUAUUUUCUUUUUAUAACAGGGGUACGUUAUAUCAUUCUGUUAUCCCAUGUUAAUUCAAUUGGGAUAAAGAAAAUUGUUCUUAUACCAAGGUUUUUAUUAUGUAGGGGGUUAAUUUAGAGGGGUGGGGGACUUGUGGGGAUGCUUUGCCUUAAGGUCCAAUCUCUUAAUUGCCCUUUUAUAUACCUUCCAUUGAGAAAUGCACUGGUACCCCUUUAACAAACCUACUUGAUAAGAACAGAUAAUGGCUAAAACAGAAAGGUUUCUUAACAUUUUCUUGUAAGUUGAAAUGACAUAGCCAUAAGACACGUCUGAUGAUAGAUUUUCCUACCAUUUUAUAUACUUCAGAUCAUGAACUCUCUACCCUUUGAUUUAACUGGUGCCUGAAAGGGGGCGCUUUUUGGGUAGAUCCUCCCUGCAUUAGCCAUUAUAGGGAGUAUCCCCUGGGGUCAUACAAGGCACUGUAUUUUGUCAUCCUAAGCCUCGUAGAAUGUGGGAAUCGUCUUACUUACCAAAAUAGUACUAAUCAUAUCAACACAUCCACAUGGUGCUCAUACAUUAUGAUUGCAAUCUUUUCUUGUUUUUCUUUGCUUACAGGAAUUGAAUCAGAGUCUGUGUAUCCUUUGUCGUUCACAUAAUUUUUAUACAGCUAUUUCGAGAAAGGUUGUCGGAAAAAAAUGUGCACGUGACAAUCCCGAAUGCAAUAUGGGAUAUGACCAAUACACUGUUCCUGGCGACUGUAGCUGUCAAGCCUACUUUUGUUGCUUUCCUUUAGCACUCGCAAACAUGUCCAUGGCAUCUCGUGCUAUUCUUUCAAAUUUCUUUGAAGAACAGUUAACUCAAAACCACCCACAAUACGGAAUCGUCACGUGCACUUUUUCCAACAACCUUUCUCAAAAUAUCUGUAUUCAAAACUUAUUGCAACAAGAGUUUGACAGAUGACUACCUGAAAUAACAAUCAUCAUCUUGAUAGACUCAGAGGUGAAAAUUGUUGUUGAAGGCACCUUCAGUUCGUGAACUGAACAUCAAGCUACCAGCAGCUCAAAUUUUCACUAAAUUAUGUUUUGAAAUAGCUUUGCAUAAAUGGAUUUUGGCACUGUUUGGACUUCACCAGAAAUAAAGUCGGUAUAACAAUAACAUAGGUUAGCAACCACUGUGAAGAUGUUCUACCUCUGAACUAAAUCAUUAUUUUUAUAUUACAGGGGUAUUAUUUAGUUAUUUAGUUAUUUAACUUUAACAUAGUUUCAGUAUGAAGUGUGCUGAAGCACCUGAUGAACCAGAAACGAAGUCCAAGGAAACUCUCUUCCAACUAAGUUGUUUCAUUUCACAAGGUAUGUUGUGGAAUCAGCAAGCACUGUGUUUUAGAUCAGUAUCUAUCAUUAUUAUUGUAAGUUAUGAGUAAAAGUUUAAGUGACAAAAUUUGUUUUUUGUUUAUCUUUUUCAUCUUUUCAGAUGUGAAAUACAUGCACACUGGUUUAGUUAGUGUAAGUAUACCCUUAUCACUAAUCUUUAUUCCAGCGGUCAAAUCAUCCAGAAUUUAUGAACUUUUCUUGGACUUGUGCUUUGUUUUAAUGACUACAAGAUGCAUUCAUAAAAGUUGUUUCUGUUCUUCUUUUUUAGCGCCUUGAAGAAAACAUUGAAAAACACUCAUCAACACUUGGACGAGAUGCAGUGUACACAAAGAAGGUAAGUUUUUUUCUUUUUUUGUGAGUGUAAAUCUGCAAACAAAGUAGAAGGGCAGUUCAAAUGCAGAUUCCAAGGCAUUGUCAAUAAAGAGUGUUGUUCAUAAAAUCAAGCAUUGUUGGUAACAGUUCUAAAACAUUAAACAAAAUAGAUUGGAUUUAUGCACUUGCCAUAUUUUCUGAAUUAAAUAAGGCGAGAUAAACAGCUCAACUACAUCAAGUAGUAAAUCUUUCUUUAAAAAAUGUUAGGCUAGAAUAGAUUGGAGCUUCAAACGGAUGAUGGGUCCCCAGUUCAGCUUUGAAAUAGAUACAAGGGAGAAUUUAAUAUAUUGACAAAAUAGGGUAGAUACUGUUGGCAAAUUUAUGUCGUUUGAUGGUGGGGUAAGCUGGUCUUAAUUUCAGAGUGUAAUGUAACCUUAUCCACCAAAAAUAACACAUGAACCUUUAGAGCAUCUGAAAUGGGGGAUAUAUCUGCAUACCUGAAAUUUCCAAAGGUGCAAUUGAAACAUCUGUUCUCUCUCCUGCAUGUGCUCACUAAGAGAGUUGCGUUAAGGACAUCUGAAUAAAAUCAUUAUUGCUUGUAAAAACAGUUAAUUGUAACAGUUAGUUAACAUAACAACUUACUAAACUUUCAUUGAACUACAAUGUCUUUUUUCUAGUCAAAGUUGAGCCGCCUACCCGCUUACCUGACAGUCCAGUUUGUCAGGUUUUAUUUUAAGGAGAAAGAUGCAAUAAAUGCCAAAAUACUUAAGGUAACUUGAGUUUUCAUAUAUAUGUUGUAGUUCAAAUUUUAACUUUGGUUUGAAUUUUUGUAAACUGGUUUAAAUUUUUCAAUUCAAACUGGUUUAAAAUUUUUAAACAUGCCACUCAUUCUCAUAUAUUUGUAUCUCUACAUGUAAAAUACUCUGUGUAAAAGAAACUUGUGAUAUUAACGUGUCACACAUUUUAGCAAGUCAGCUCACCAUUCAUGGUUUAGUCACCUUAUAUGGUUGCCACCAAAAAUACAUCAACUGUCUAGAAGUGCUAAGUUCAGAUGUACUGUGUUUAUGCCAUUAGGAUGUGAAGUUUCCAUUGAACCUGGAUGUAUUUGACCUGUGCUCUGAAGAGCUACAACAGAAACUCAUGCCAGUUAGAGCAAAGUUUAAAGAAAUUGAGGACAAGAAAGUGGAAGAAGCAGCGGUAAGAAAAGAGAACAGGGAGAAAUUUUGAUACUUAGAAGGGAUUCAUUAGCAGCAUAUCGCAAACUGCUGCUUGUAAGCCCCCCCCCCCCCUCCCUCCCUCCUUCUCAGUUAUAGGCUCAUGGCAUUAAUUUAGGUUUCUGAGAAACUGCCCACCUACCCCUCCCCUAAGCCAGCAUUUUGCCCAAAGUGAGAAUUUAGUGUUAAUGUUACUUAGGGUAGGGGGAGGUGGGCAGUUUCCCAGAAACCUAAAUUGAUCCGGCAAAAAACAAAAAAAAACAUCCGUUUAUAAGCCCACGUAAAACCCCUCACUAUGUAUAAACUCAGGGCAUAUAGCGGCAGUUUACGAUAUUUUUAUAGCCAUCGUAUUUGGCCUCUGAAAUGUUUUGGUUUUUUGUUUGUUUUUUGAACUAAAAACCUUUAAAAAAUUCCAACAGACAAAUCCAACGGUUUACUGUGUAUGCUCCAAAGUCAUUCAAUUAGUCAAACCAUUGUGCAACGUAUUGAUCAAUUAUUGCUAGUUUUAUUUCUCUAUCAUUAUAAUCUUUAACCUGUUUUAAUUAUUUUCUUUGUCUCAGAAUCGUAAAAAAGAGGGAGGUAAAGAACCGAUGGAUGUUGACAAGAAGACAAGGCUGGAACCAUUUUCUUUUCCAGAUGGUAAUGUGUUGUUUUUGUUAAUAAGUUAUAUCAUCAGAUACUCAUCAUACUUACCAUCAUCACUGUCAUCAUUAUCUCUGUCAUCGUCAUCGCCAUCAACAUUGUUACCAUCAUUUUUACAGCAUCGUCAUCAUCAUCAGCAGCAAUAUUAUCAUUGUCAUCAUCAUCAUCAUCAUCAUCAUCAUCAAAGAUCUUCAAGGCAAACUUUGGUUCUAAAGUUUUAUCAAUGUGGAUCGUCAUUAAUUAUAACUGAGUGUAUCUUGACCAAUCAUAACCUUGAGAAGAAGGGUGAUUUUAAAACACUUUAUGCUAAAAUGAUGCAGAAUCCAUUGGUUUAUGUAAAGAAACACUACUAAAGCACUGCUUGAUGGAAGAGCACUCUUGUUAAUUGUUACUGUGGAUAAAUAAAGUUUUACUACUACUACCACCAGAACUAUGUUAAGAUGAAACAGAAAUGGAUUUAACUGACCAUUCAAACAAGUAAAAUCCAGUCAAAGGCAUGAUCAAAUUUCUUUAUCGGCUUGCUUGAUGUAAAACAUAAGAGAAGUACCUUAAGCCCAGUUCAAACGUUGUAUUUUACAUGUGCUGAAUUUGAUGCUAGUAAGGAAAAUCUAUUGUUCUGGCUCAUUUACCUUAAAUUGGCACUUGCAAAAUACAACAUUUAAACCAGGCCUAAUUCGCAUUUACCACGAAGUUCCUCAGUGUAUUAACUCUCAUAUAUACCUAAGCUUUAGAGACCAUCAGACCGCUCUCAUCUGGUUUUGUUAUGAUUGAUUAAGUGUUCUCUCUGUAGAUGUUGGCUCAAACAAUAGUGGAUACUAUGAACUCACAGCAGUGCUUACUCAUCAGGGAAGAUCCUCUUCUUCUGGGCAUUACUUAGCUUGGAUACGAAGGAAAGGAGGUAAUAAUGAACUGUGGAACCCUGGGCAAUUUUAAUUUUCCUCAGGGUUCCCAAGCGUCUUGAAAACCCUUGAAUUAAUAGAGUCCUUUUUCAAGGCCUUGGAAAUCCUUUAAGUUUUCUUUCAUUGAUUUAAUCCUUGAAAGUCCUCGAAUUUUAAUUGUGGAACAUUUCAAACGUCCAAAAAUUUUAGCAAAUACCAGUUUGAAGCCAUCAGAAUAGGAAAAGCUUGAUCAUUGGCUACGAUGAAAUGCCAGAACUAGCCCUCGUAGUUUUGCAACAUUUAUAAAAUAUAACUGUUGUAGAGCAUCAUCACUAUCAUUCUCUUGUUUAUUAGGUUAUUUCUUCCCAACUAGUCACAAAAAAAUUUUCAUAAAAGUGGUGAGAACAAAGGCCCAUUAUUAUCGGAAUAUUUUUAUAGUUUAGUUGGAACGUGUGUAAUAAAUUAGUCCUUGAAAAACCGUUUUGUUUGAAAACGUGUACGAACCCUGUUUCCUGCCUCACAGAGGUGUAGUUGAGCUAUAAAUACACAGCUGCUCUCCUCCUAAUAGGAAUUCACUACUUGAUAAGUUACCAAAAACGCAAUAUUAUGACGCCUUCUACAUCGCUAUGGUGCCAGGCUGUUUUUUCCUUACUAACUCAAACUUAGAAAUUGCUUUAGACACUUUAUACCGAACAUUUUCUCUCGAAGUCAACCUUCAACACUUGAAAUAUUUCAGAAAAGUGUUUUUGUUUCAAUGUGUUAUAACCCAUCACAGCGAAGAUUGGGAUUUGCAAGCAAGCCACAAAACAAUGAACCAAUUACUGUUGUCCCUAACUGAAAAUCUUACUAAGAUCUUACCAAGGUUCUUGCCAAGAUCUUGUAAAGACUCCUGACCAACAGCUUACAAAUUCUUGUACUGAGAAUCUUCACCAACAUCCUUCAAGAUCUUGUAAGAAUCUUGACCAACAUCCUACAAGAUCUUGUAAGAACCUUGACCAAAAUCCUACAAGAUCUUGUAGGAUUUUGGUCAAGAUUCUACAAGAUCUUACAUGAAUCGUGACCAACAUCCUACAAGAUUUUUUAAGGUAGGUUCCCACAAGAUAUUUUCGAAGAUCUUGCAGGAAUCUUGAUCAAAAAUUUUGUAUGAUUUUCGUAUUAAGAUGGGAUAAUAUCGUGGAUAAUUUCCAACUGGGUUGCUUGCAGUUCGGAGUUUCACGUUGAAACACAAUAACAUUCCAGUAAUAUAUAGUAUGUCUAGUGUUCACGGUUUUCCUAGUUCUACAGUAAAAGGAUCUGCCUGAUUAUGCUUGUUUAUGUUUUACAGAUAAUUGGGUAAAAUGUGAUGAUGAUAAAAUGUCAAACGUCACGUCGGAAGAUAUCCUUAAGCUCUCUGGCGGUGGU